UAAAGAGUGGGGAACUAACUCUUUCUUGUUUUUUCUAGUUCCCCUUCGCUGUGACUCUGUGUUCUCUUGAACAGGAACUUUGAAUCCCUGUGUCACGUGACACUUGACUCCAUCCCCCUCCUCCCCGUUUGGUUUCUAAAGCGCGAUCUAUUAAUAUCAAUCGUUGCAUUUCGUGGCCCUCUUCGUGUGUUCCACGAGCGUAACUCGUGUGUUCCAUGAGCGUAACACGAGUGGUGGUGUCUAGUUUAAAUAAGGAGAGUGGCGAAAUUUAAAAUAAAAACAAGUGGUGCGGAACUCAUUCAUUCUGUAGUAGAAGUUGUGUGUUCGUUAAACCAGAGUUUAUUUUGUGCUCAUUAAACCAGAGUUUUCUUAUACCAUUGUGAAACUACAUUUCCAAGUGACCAGGUGUAAAUAGUAGUGCUUAGUUGUGAGGGAUGUAUUCACGGGUUAAAUUCAAGUGGUAGAUGUAGACAUGUAGUGGACCUUGAGUUCACUGUAGGAACAUCAAUUGGACAUUUUCAUACAUGGCGGGAAAAAUCUCUAACUAGCCAGCUUGGUUGGUGUACCCUGUGUACCAUGGACAGGAAGUGUUGAUAAGCUCUGGUGGUGGUGGUGUUUGUUUUAAGUGACAGGAGUAUUCUUGUGCACAAUUUAGCGCUGCAGAAUCAAAUGUUUUAAUCUUUUCUGUUUGUACUUUGUAUUUACUUGGCAAUUGUUAAGUUCAAUUUAGCGCAUUGUUUAGUUUUUAGUGAAAAUCUCCAGUAUUGAUUUGCUUACCACUCACCUGAAUUGAAACUUAUUUUCAUUGUGAAUUUUGUUUUUAGUUGUAAACCUAUUACCCGAGCAACACGUCCACUGUGUGUUCAAACUGUUGGAUAUCUUGGAUGAUCAUGGACUGAUCAGAGUGAUGCUCUUGAUCUGAGAGUAUCGAUGAGAUAGAUAAAAUACACGCUCGUAAUAACUGGGGACACUCUCAGAGAGCUAAUUCUGUCCGUUGAACUAUGGAUCGUGCCGAGGAAGAGAGGGAGGUUCUGGAGCCCUUAAACCCACCCCAGCCCCCGGAGCCUGCCGCCAUCACCGAGGUCGGGGGCAGGUUCAACGUGCAAAAGAUCGAAAAAGCCGACGAGCCCAUGAUCUUGUCUAAGCGCCCGUCGGUGGACAAUAGCAGCGGCGCCAACGGAGAGCCGGCGGCUAAGGUGGUGGUGGAGUCGGUCAACCAUGACCCGGAUACUAUCGAGAACAUUGACGAGGAAUUUGUGGACCUUGAAGCAGGUGAAGGUCGUCAGAGGAAUUCAGUGAGAUUUGGACCUUUACCUCUCAAUACAUCGACGUCUGCCCAAAACAACGAAAACGAUGGUGAGAAUGCAGCCCAGAACAAAGACAACCUGCCUUUGGCUGACAAUGAAGAAUCCAUGUACAACCACAUGGCCUUGUAUGAGGACGACCUAACCCACCAUGGCAAGCUAUCCCAGAUCUUAAAUCGUAUCACAUCCUACCAGGCGGGCAUCACCCCAAACCCAAACGACAUCGAAAAGGGAACUGGCAAACAGAAAGCAAAUCUUGGCACAAUUUUAGGUGUCUACCUACCAUGUAUACAGAAUAUUUUCGGCGUACUGCUGUUCGUUCGUUUAACAUGGAUUGUGGGUAUGGCUGGAACUUUGGAAGCUUUUUGUAUUGUCUUCAUUUGUUGCUCAUCGACUAUGCUAACCGCCUUCUCUAUGAGUGCUAUUGCCACAAAUGGUGUGGUGCCUGCAGGAGGGUCCUAUUUCAUGAUCUCAAGAUCUUUGGGCCCUGAGUUUGGUGGGGCUGUAGGGGUCCUAUUCUACUUGGGAACUUCAGUAGCCUCUUCCAUGUACAUUGUGGGUGCUGUGGAGAUAUUAGUGCAAUACAUGGCACCACAAAUGAAUCAGUUUGGGGAUGUUUUCAACAGUUACCGCCUGUACGGUACAGUUGUGUUACUCCUCCUGGCCUUCAUUGUCUUUGUGGGCGUUGGCUUUGUCAGCAAGUUUGCUGCACUGUCCCUGGCCUGUGUCAUCAUUUCCAUUCUCUGCAUCUACAUUGGUAUCUUUGUGGCUAACCCAGAUACUAGCCUCGAAGUUUGUAUGCUGGGUGAACGUCUAUUAGAGCAGGACAAGGUCAUGUUCAACGGUACCUUCAUGUGCACCAAAAAUAUCACUGGACCAAUCUAUCAACACUACUGCGUGGAUGAGUCCAACACUAGCUCUAGUUGCGACUAUUUUAACAACCCUCACACCGAUGUCAAAGUUCUUAAAGCUAUACCUGGACUGUCCAGUGGAAUAUUCUCCAAAAAUAUCUGGAACAAGUAUACACAGCAAGGAAAAGUAAUUGGUACUGAACAAGAAGGGUCUGAAACAAGAGGGGAGAUAAUAGCUGAUAUGACCACUUCUUUUAUGAUUUUAAUAGCUAUUUACUUCCCAUCAGUCACUGGCAUUAUGGCGGGAUCUAACAGGUCUGGUGAUCUAGCUGAUGCUCAGAAAUCUAUACCUAUUGGAACUAUAGCAGCUAUCUGUACCACCUCAUCAGUCUAUUUGUCUUGUGUUCUCUUCUUUGCUGGUUGUAUAGAUGGCAAUGUAAUGAGAGACAAAUAUGGUGCCAGUAUAGGUGGCAGUUUGAUUAUUGGCAAGUUAGCCUGGCCACAUGAAUGGGUCAUUUUGAUUGGUUCAUUUUUGUCAACCCUUGGUGCUGGCCUACAGAGUCUGACAGGUGCUCCCCGUUUACUUCAAGCUAUAGCAAAAGAUGGAGUCAUUCCAUUCCUGCGAGUCUUUAGUAUCACCACCAAAAGAGGGGAACCUUUCCGUGCCCUUUUGUUGACAACAUUUAUCUCUGAGAUUGGAGUGUUGAUUGGAAAUGUAGAUUACAUUGCUCCUAUUAUAACAAUGUUCUUCCUCAUGUGUUAUGGUUUUGUCAACAUGGCCUGUGCUUUACAGACAUUAUUGCAGACUCCUAACUGGCGCCCAAGAUUUAGAUUCUAUCAUUGGACACUGUCACUGCUAGGACUGGCCCUGUGUAUUGUUCUUAUGUUCAUCUCAAGUUGGUACUACGCCUUGGCAGCCCUGGCUAUAGCUUUCUGCAUCUACAAAUACAUUGAAUAUAAAGGUGCUGAACAAGAGUGGGGUGACGGUAUCAGAGGUCUGGCCAUGUCAGCUGCAAGGUACUCCCUCCUGAGACUUCAAGCUGGACCUCCGCACACUAAAAACUGGAGACCACAGCUACUUGUGUUGAUGAAGUUAGAUGAAACCCUGCAGCCAAAGUUUCCAAAAUUGGUUUUAUUUGCUAGUCAGUUGAAAGCAGGAAAAGGUUUAGUGUUGGUGAACAGUGUACUAGAAGGUAACUUCAGAGACAGGUAUCCAGAUGCCCAGGCAUGUAAACAGACACUCCAUAACUUGAUUAAAGAAUAUGGUGUCAAAGGUUUCUGUGAUGUUAGUGUUGCUACAGAUGUCUCUGAGGGACUUUGUCAGUUAAUCCAAAAUGCUGGUCUUGGAGGAUUAAAACACAACACAGUAGUACUGGGCUGGCCUUAUGGCUGGAGACAUGAUGAAGAUGACAGGAGUUACAGGGUAUUCUUGGAUACUGUGCGCAAUGUUGGCUCAGCACAGAUGUGUUUACUUGUUCCUAAAGGAAUCAACCAGUUCCCUGAUCUUGGAGUCAAGUUAAAGGGAACUAUUGAUGUCUGGUGGAUUGUCCAUGAUGGUGGUCUUCUCAUGUUGCUGCCAUUUUUAUUAUGUCAAGAUAGAACUUGGAAAAACUGUAAACUCCGAAUCUUCACAGUUGCACAAACUGAGGACAAUUCUAUUCAAAUGAAAAAAGACUUGCAGACCUAUUUGUAUCAACUUCGUAUCACUGCUGAUGUAGAUGUGGUGGAAAUGAGUAACUCUGACAUCUCUGCCUAUACCUAUGAGAGGACUUUGAUUAUGGAACAAAGGACAGACAUGUUGAGUAAAAUCAGAAAUGCACAUAGGAACAAUGCCAACAGUAGUCUAGCAGUCCCUACCAUUACACUAUCCCCUGUGCCAGAAGAGAGUAGUACAGAUGCACCAGAACCAGAACAAAGAAGCACAGACAAGUCCCAGUACACCUUCACACCCAGUGAGGCCAAGACACUUAUUAACAAGAAUAAAAAGCCGGACAAGAACAAUGUUCGACGCAUGCACACUGCUGUCAGGCUAAAUGAACAUAUAGUUGAGAAAUCCCACAGUGCACAGCUUGUCAUUCUGAACCUUCCUGCUCCUCCCAAGUCAGACUCUGGAGCUGAAAAUUAUAUGGAGUUUCUAGAGGUUCUCACAGAAGGUAUAGAAAGAGUUUUAAUGGUUCGUGGCAGUGGAAGAGAAGUGAUCACAAUCUAUUCUUAACUUCAUGUCAGUUGUUUUUUUCAUGUUUAUGUUAUUUUAGUUUUCAUUGUAAUAGCACCAAUAAACAAUAUUACCAGUACAAAAAUGAGCUACUGUUUAGAAAAACUGUCAUAUAAAAACAACGUAAACUAUUAGAUGUUAGUUAUUUCAACAGUCAAGUAUUUGAUACUAAAAUAGCCAGGGUAAUUUUGGAGUUUCAGGUGCAUAUUAAGCUACACAAAUGUUGAUUUCUGUCUCUGCUAAAGAUAGAUCUCUGUGUGAAUUAAUUUUGCUUUACGAUACAACAGGGCUUUUGAUAUAUCAAUUCUGAGAAAUUAUAAGCUAGUUUUUUUGUUGUUGUUUUUUUUUUUUUUGGGGGGGGGGGGGGGUACAUUUUAAAUUAAAUUGAAUAUUAAGUUAUUACUGAGUUGAAAAUGAGCCUUUUAAAAAAAACUAAAAUUAAGUCUACUGCCUGUUUUGUUUUUAAAACUAAAAAUGUGUGUGAUAUAAUCUAUUAUAUAUUAUAUUUCAGUAUCAAAUAUAAUUUACACUAUUUAUAUAUAUUUGUUAAUAAUAUAUACAUAAAUAUGGUCUUGAGCAUUGUUUUUAUUUACGAGGCUCUGAAGCAUGCUUCAGAUAUUUUGUAAUUGUGUAAUAAUGUGGUCAGUAGAUCAUGAUUGCUAUACUUUCUGGAAGGUUCUUGUGUACUGUAAUUUGUCAUAGUCUAGUCUGUGCUGAUCAAUAGGCUGUGUUGUUUGUAAGUUAUAAGCUGGUCAUUGGUUCAUUUCAAGUGUUUUCAGUACUAACUUUUGUUUUAGUGUUUGUGCUGUUACUAUUCUGACAGACAUUUCUCGGGCUUAAUUUGUAUGCCCUUGACAUCAAUCUAGAAGUCCGGUAACUGCCAUGAGACUGGCAGAAAUCAUAUUGGUGCUAGAUAAAUACAGUUUUAUGUCCUAUUCCAUCUUGCAUUGUUGCCAAAAAAUAUGCUAAUUUCUAAGUCUUUAUUUUUUAAUUUGUAUAUUUUACACAAAAUUAUAUACUUUAUAAUUGUACUUUCUCCCAAAAAAGAAAAUUGUACUGAGAACUUUUUUCUUUUCACUAUAAAUACAUGCACAGCAUAGAAAGAUGAUUGUUCUAGAUCUUCAAUACAAUACCUAUUUCAUUGUUUAGAUCAGUGAUUCAUUAGUUGAUAAUUGCACACACCUGGGGAAACAUUUCCAUACAUUUUGUGGGUUCUUCUAAUAAAAUGUCACUAACAGUGAGACAAAAAAUUACUUUUGUAAUGAUAUACCAGUCAGUAAGUGUUUAGAGGGAGGUGGAUGCUCAGAAUUAAAAUAUUUCUCACAGAUAAGUUUAGGAAAAAAUGUAAAAUCUUGAAUGAGAUCAACUUCUUAUAAUUCAUUGAUCAUACAGAAAAAAUGUUUUUGUAUAAACUGAAUUGUUUAGACUGUAUGUGAUACAUCUGGUUGAAAGACACUAAUCAUAUCAUUGUUGCACUUGUAUAUCAGUAAUGCUCCAUUUUUAGUCCCUUAAUUUUUGUUCUGUAUAAUCAUUAUUUGUGCAAACAUUAUGAAGGAUCUGCUCACAUUGGCUGGUAUUGAAAUUAAAAUAUAUAUUUAUAGCACCAUAGUUUUGAUAGAUGUGUUAUUAUAUGUUUUUGCACAGUACUUUGAUUCUUGCGAGUAAAAAAUUGGAGCUUGUACUAACAGGAUUAAACUAUAAAGCUACUAAUUGCUGUUUUGUUUUCAACAUAUCUAUAUAGUCACAUCAGUUUUGUUUGGACCUGUUAGCAGUGGUUGACAGAUGGUGGAGAAAGUCAAAAGACAGUCAUUUUAAUGUUAAUUUAUAUUUGAAAUAAUAACAAUACCACCUUAAAUACCAAUCUUUUUUUUUUUUUAUUUUGAGAGGGAAAAAACUAAUUAUAAUUGUUUUACAGUUAAUUUUAGAAAAUUUAUUGUCUAUUAGUCCACUGCUCUUUGGUUUUUGACACUUCAGUGUAGACCUUGAUCCUAUCAAGCGGUACAUCUCUGACACUGGCUGACUCUUGUACCAAUGUAUCUCAUACAAAGCUUGUGUAACAUGACUUUUAUGUCACAAGGAAUUGUUAUUGUAUUGAUUCACAUGCAGUCUAUUGCAUGGAUUUUUUUUUUUUACUUUUGCCACAAACCACCAAAUUCUAUUAUUUGCUGAAUUGGAUAGGACUGUGAGUUGUAUGUUAUUGAAAAGAACCAAAAUUUAUUUGGUGUGGAUAAUCUUAACCUCCUAGCAGCAGACAUUGCCAGUUUAUCCACCCAGUUGUGCUAUUUUAAGUUGGUAAGUCUAUUCAAUAGAUUUCAAUAUUUUGUUUGCUACCAUCAAUACUUAUUUUUUUAUAUGAAAGCUUUGUUAACAUGUUGGUUUUUUUGUUUGUUGUUUUUUUUUCAAUAUUCAUUUGAUUUAAUUUCAAUGGUUUUAUUUUUAUUUUUUAUUAUAAUUAAAAUACAUUUUGUUGAAUGUUUCACAUUUCAUUUUAAGUUUUGUAAACUUUUCAUUAAUACUAAAAAAAAAACCUCUAAACUCUGUUAUAUUUAUAAAUUUGUCUUCAUCAGCGUUUGAAAUGAUUACGUCUAUCUUGUCUAUUAGUGAAUUUUUUUUUGUCUUUUGGUAUUUUUUUUUUAUGCAGCUGUGAGUACUUAAUGAAAGGGUCACCAUUUUGAAAGUAAUGUCUUGGUAGGCUGAUUUUGUCGUAUGCUGAGCUUAGAUUUUGUUUUGGCACAUUCUACCUAAUUGCACUGCCACAUGUAGGCUUUGUCAACUGCAAUGUUUGCCAAGUAAUAUUAUUUUAUAACUGCAUAUCACUAAUUUAAGCCAUGUGUGUGAUUCUAUUUAUUGACUUCACUAUUUCAAUGUGUUGCGCUACAGCAAGGAACUGGAAACAUGACAUAAAACUUCUUUUUUUUUUAUUUCCUUUGCCACUUUUUAACCUGUCUUCCAUCACAGAAGAGCUCCUCCUACAACUAGAGCAGAAGUUCAGCUCACUUCUGUAUCUUGUAUCUCAGCAUUAUUACAUAGGUCACAACUUGUAACUUCUGCUGGGUUCACAACUACUAAAAUCAAUAUUUCACCUUCAAAUGCUUAUUAUAUAAUCAAUCCUUGCUUGACUGAUUUUUUUUGUUUCAAUCUCAUUUCAUUUGCAUGGCCUUUUAAUAUAUCCUGAUACUGCUUUUGCUUUGUUUUACUUUUCUGAAAUGAUCAUUUGUAAAAAAAUGUUUUGAUAACAAACUUAAGAUCUAGAAGAAAUAUACUUCAUUCAAUCUGAUGUCUGUCUUCUUCAGAAAUUGUAAGAAUAACUUGUACAGUCCCAGCUCUUCAUUUCUAUAUUAGGCUGACCUAGUGAUUGAGGAAGGGUUAGGAUCAGGCUUCUGUUAGAGAGACAGUUGGGGUUACAGUUGCCUGGUCUAGACUUAGUAUUUGGCUUAGUAUUAGAUCAAUGGUUAUACUUUAGGCUUGUAGUACGCUCCAAUGUGUCAUUAUUGUACUUCAUAGAUAAGUUUAUUAUUGACAGUGAGAUUAUUGUCAUUCAUGUUUUUAUACUUACCAACACCCAUACCUUUGAGUGUUGUUUUUGACUAUUCAGUUUACUAGUACAACAACAGCUCUACUACUACUCUUCAAUAGGAUCUAAAAUAUAGUCUCUAAAAAGUUAUACAUUUUACUACAGAACAAUAUAGAAUUACAUUUGAAACUUAAUUACAUAGGAUUGAGAUAUCAUCUAUCCUAUUUUAAUAUGGUAGCUAUAGUCAUCCUAUUAUCUUUACAAACAUAAAUUGACAAUUUGAGAAAAGUUAUAUUCUACCUAAUGUAAUGUUUGAAUUCUAGAAUAAUACAUUUUAUUUUUUUUUACAAAUUCAACUGGAAGUAAUUUGUUCAAUUGUUAAACUUCAUGUCAUGGCUGCUACAAAAAGAAAUCUCAAAACAGAUUCAGACUUUACCAGCUUGCUGUCAUUCACUUCAACAUCGAAGAAUUCAUUUGGUUAAAAUUCUUGGUAUCGUUCUUUGAAUAGGGAAACAAAUUGGGGACUACAAAAAACUUUGUUUAUGCUUGAAUAGGUUACAGCAAUCUUGACUAUAAAAAGUUACUUGGAGCUUAGUCAUGAUCAGGGAUACAGGACUAAAUGCUGAGGUCAAAUGAUUCUGAAUUGUAAAUCUGAUUAUUAAAACUAUUUUGUGUGUGUGUGCCUCUAUUGGCUCACUGGACUGAAACAAACGUGCCAGUUUUAUCUUUCUACAAAUUACUGGAGUGUUCAAUUUAAAUUUGUAUUUUAUUCCCCAUGUUUAUGUUCAGUACAUGGAACUACACAUUUAGGCUCCUUCAUUGCUAGCUUUCAUUUUCUAAGAAAUAGUGAAAACGAAUAUUGAAAUUCCUCUGAGACUAUUUUGUAGUAAGCUAAUGAAAAUUAAAGAGAUGGAGUGAAACCUAAUUUGUUACAUAUUUAUGUAUAAAGUGAUCCUUAUUAAGUUACACAUUGCUUCUUUCCUUUCUUUGUAAUAGUUUUUUUUCCUGCACUAAUUACACUUUAACUUUGCUUUCUGUGGCGUAUUCAAACAAUAGCUUAUAUUUCUGACAUUUACCUGGCAAUGUAAUUGUUUUUUUGUUUUUUUUUCUUUCCCCUCUGUAGUUCGACUUUGCUUGAUCAUAUUUCUUAGCCCAGCUUAGCUCAUGUCCUGCAUUCCCUAACAAGUCAAUUUGUUAUGCAAUGACAUUGACGAUACGAUUGAAUUACUUCUCAAAUUUGUUACAACUAAGAACCAAAAUUCUCAAAGUUUCACAGAACAGACAUGGCUUUGUACAAACAUGUUAAUUUUUAAGAUCAGAGCCACCAUUUUGUCAAUAUCUGAGAAUGUUCCUAGUUAACACGUGUAUGAAUACUUAUACUUAAGUUAUACUACUGUCGCUCACGUGUUUACAUCAAAUAUCUAUUCUCUAGUGUUGAAGUUUAGCAGUCUCUUAGUUUGGUCCUGUAGUGACCAUUGGUGGGGAAAUAAAAAGAAAGAAUAAAAUGUCUGGAAGUAGCUUGGUCACAAGUUUAUUAUUCAGAUGACUUACACUUUUGAUUGAAUUGUUUCUAUGAGCAAAGCGUGUACUGUCUCUGUGCUAAUCUGUCCACGUCGCGAUGCAACUAUUCAACAACACAUUCAUGUCAGUCUGUGGGUUUAGUUCUUUCUGUUGUAUCCAAACUUGUAUCAAUAAACACACGCAGACACAGAAGUGAUGAAUGCAUGCUCCCACCCACUUAGCGCGAGUCUAGUCUUGACAGUGUGAAGGUCGAUGGUGUUAAAAGUCAUGUAAGUGGAGGAUGGUACAGUUGCCUGUUGCUAGAUGAUGGCUUCCAGCCUUCAGUGUUCGUCUGAGAAAUAUUUAAACAUUAAAUCUUUUGAGAAUA